AUGGACAAACUCAUCUGGGCAUAUACGAAAUCUGGGAUUUACUCUGUUAAGACUGGCUACUUCUUAGCCUCACGUCUCAAAGAGGAUCAGAUUCCACAACAGGUUCUAGAACCAAGCACUACGGCGCUCAAAAGCAGAGUUUGGACGACAAAGACCACAAGAAAGAUUAAACACUUCAUGUGGCAGUCUAUUGCUGGCUGCUUACCAGUCAAAAACAGCCUAGUCAACCGCCAUUGCGGGACGGAUCGGCUCUGCCCUCGGUGUGACGCUGCACCGGAAACAACUAACCAUUUGUUGUUUGAAUGUCCUGCAGCUCUACAAGUAUGGAGCAUCUCCGAGUUUCCGUCUUCUCUGGGUGUAUUCCCGUGCGAUACUCUUUACCGAAACGUUGACCAUCUGUUCUGGCGUGCAAAAGAAGCCAAAGUACCAGAAAGCACGAUAGCGAGAUUUCCAUAG